UUCUUAGUUCUUUCCCAUAGCAGAGAGAGAGAGAGAGAGAUAGAGAAUGAGCAUGAGCAUGAGCAUGAGCAUGGAGGAGGAGCAGAAGCCCAAAGGAGGAAGGAAGCCUAUUCGAUGUAGAGCGGCAAUAUGUAGGAAAGCAGGGGAGCCUUUACAAAUAGAGGAGGUGGAAGUCGCUCCACCAAAAGCUUGGGAAGUUCGGAUUAAGAUCAUUUGCACAUCACUUUGUUACAGCGAUGUUACCUUCUGGAAGAUGGAAGUUCCACCUGCAAUUUUUCCAAUAAUAUUAGGACACGAAGCUGUCGGGGUUGUGGAAAGUGUUGGGGAAAAUGUGAAAGAAGUGACGGAAGGAGACACAGUGAUUCCAACACUGUUAACAGAGUGCCAGGAGUGCAAGGACUGCAACUCAAAGAAGAGCAACAAAUGCUCCAAAUUUCCUUUCAUUGUCUCUCCAUUCUUACCCAGAGACGGCACGAUGACCCGAUUCACUGACUCCAAAGGAGAGGAGAUAUACCAUUUUUUAAAUGUCUCCAGUUUCAGCGAAUACACUGUGGUGGACGUUGCUAAUGUAACCAAGAUCGAUCCUUCCAUUCCUCCUAACAGAGCAUGCUUACUUGGUUGCGGGAUUUCAACUGGGGUUGGAGCAGCAUGGAAAACUGCGAAUGUGGAAACAGGGACCAAUGUUGCCAUUUUUGGCUUAGGAGCUAUUGGCUUAGCGGUUGCAGAGGGAGCAAGACUCCGUGGAGCUACCAAAAUUAUUGGUGUGGAUUUGAAUCCAGACAAGUUUGAGAUUGGGAAGAAAUUUGGUGUCACAGAUUUCAUUAACCCAUCAGACUGCGCGAACAAGCCUGUCCACGAGGUGAUUGGUGAGAUGACAGAUGGGGGAGCUGACUACUGCUUCGAGUGCGUUGGUUUGACCUCUGUUGUGCAUCAAGCAUUCGCGAGCUGUCGGAAGGGUUGGGGAAAGACAGUUAUGUUAGGUGUGGACAAGCCUACCUCUCAAUUAAGCAUCAAUUCAUAUGAACUUCUUUACAGUGGUAAAACCAUAACAGGUUCUCUGUUUGGAGAUGUUAAACCCAAAACUGACAUUCCACUUCUCGUAAAAUCUUAUUUAGACAAGGAGCUUCGAUUGGAUGAGUACAUUACACAUGAGGUGCAAUUUGAGGACAUUAAUAAAGCUUUUGAUUUACUCCUCACCGGAAAGAGCAUUCGUUGUGUUAUUUGGAUGGACAAGUUAAACCCUCCCAUGUAAUGAGAUAACGAUGGUUUGCCACAUUUAAAUAACACAUACAAAUGUAUGAUUUGUGUGGAUAAUAAGAGAUAUUUAACUAUUUCCA